GUCCCUAAUCUUCAAGCACUUGUUUCCAUCAAAACCCAAGUUUAUAGCCCAUCUUCUCACACUUUUAAAACUUCGCUUUUUUCUCAUUUAUAUUAUGCCUAAGACAUAACUGCGAAGCUUCGUUUUUCUCCGACUCUCAUGACUUUCCAAUCUCACAAUUGAAUUUCUCACCUCUUUCAAACUCCACCAAUCAGAAAAAUUUCUCUUUUCCCCAUAAUUCAAACUUCUCUUUUGACGGUUGCGUUUUUUAAUUCUACUCUUUGAAUUUUUAGGUUUGAAUCUUAAUGUUUCUUUAGUUAUCCUGCGACUAUAAAAAAAAAAAACCCUCUUUAAAACUCACCUGUUUGUUUCUCUAGAAAAUUCAAAGCCUAUGGCGAUCGAACUAUGCUCUGAAAAUUCCUGUUUGAGUAUGAGUCCUAGAAUCUCAUUUUCCCACGAUCUCUCCCAAACUGAUAUUGUCCCAGUCGAACAACACCGUUUCAGAUCCAAUUCAUCUUCCUCCAGCAUCGAUUUCGAUUUCUGUGUUCUCGAGAGCUUCGAACUCGAAUCCUCCUCUGCCGACGAACUUUUCUUCGACGGUAAAAUUCUCCCCAUUCAAAUCAAGAAAAAAAUCGUCAGGCCAAAACAAUUGCGUCAAUCGGAAACACCGCCUCCGCCUCCGCCGCCGCCACCACCGCUGUCGCCGCCACGCAACGUUCCAAUCACCGACAAAGUGGUGGGCUCCGAAUCAGAUGAAAAGCGAAAUUCGAAGUCGUUUUGGCGGUUCAAGCGAAGCAGUAGUUUGAAUUGCGGGAGUGGGUACGCGAGGACAUUGUGUCCUCUGCCACUUCUAUCGCGAAGCAAUUCGACCGGCUCUGCUCAGAGUGUCAAGAGAUCGUCAUUUUCCAAGGACAGCCACAAUCAAAAGCAACACAAUUCACAUAAGAAUCAACCCUUAACGCCGAUGAAACAGUCGCAAUCGAGCAAUUUUCAGAAGCCUCCAUUGAAGAAGAAUUAUGGGUCUCACCACGGCAAUGGUGUUCGAAUCAAUCCGGUGUUGAAUGUCCCGACGGCGAGUCUCUUCGGUUUGGGAUCUAUUUUUUCUGGUUCAGGCAGGGAUAGGAACAAGAAGAGAUGAUUAAUUUAAUUUAAUAAAUAAUUAAUUAAAAAUUAGUUACUGAUUUUUAUUUGAUUAUAAAAUGUAGUUAGUAACUGGUUAAGAUUGUAGAGAGAUUGGAUGAAGAAGAUGGUAGGCCAAUGCAAGCUGUGGUAUAAUUUUUGGUACUUAGUCAUGAGAACCAAAAAUAACAGGUAAUAUUUGCUUUCAUGGUUGUCAGUUGUCACAUUCUGCUUUUUCUUUCUUUUGUGUUUUGCACACGCAUGGUGUAUAUACUUUUUAUUUUUGGAUGUGUUUUUUUUUUUUUUUUUUUCCUAUAUUUUUUUUUUUUUUAAGAGAAAGGCUGUCACAAAGUAGUUUGGUUGUAUGUGAAGAAUGAUUCGAAUCAUUUUAUGAUUGUGUUCCAGAGAAAUGCAGUGUCCCUUUGUUUUUUAUAUUCUCUGGAUAUUCUUUAAAAGUUAAAUACAUAUAUUUAUUUCGGAUUUGGAUUU